CCAGCUGGCAGAGAGUGGAACAGGAUUCUCCUUACAACCGCUGGCAACAACUCUUACAUUGUAAGCUGACUCCAACAGACAAAAAGAAUGAAGAUUACCAUAUUCACACUUUGCCUGAUUGGGGCAGUUUUCGCCAACCCAAUUUUGAAACCAAGUGGCCUUGAAGCAAACAUGAUCCAAAGUGUGUCUGCUUCAGAAUCAUCAGAAAAUAGCAAUUUAGAAAUUCAGAGUUCUGAAGAAAACACCUCGAAUGAAAGUUCAGAGUCUGACUCAUUGGAAUCAUUGGAGUCAGAAGACAAAACAGACUCCUUGGAUGAAACCAGCGAUAACAGUCGGGGCAGUGAGGAGAACAUUCAGAAGGACUGGAUUCGAGUGUUUUCCAAUGUUGUCAGAGAUGGGAGUGUGGAAGAUAAUGACAGCGAAGAGGUCAAAGGUCAGUCAGACGCCACUGACAGCAGCGACAGCAGCGACACCUCCAGCGACAGCACAGACGCCACCGACAGCAGCGACACCUCCAGCGACAGCACAGACGCCACCGACAGCAGCGACACCUCCAGCGACAGCACAGACGCCACCGACAGCCCCAACAGCAGCGACACCUCCAGCGACAGCACAGACGCCACCGACAGCCCCGACAGCAGCGACAGCACCAGCAGUGAAAGCAGCGAGAGCACCGAAGAGAGCAAUGGCAGUGACAGCACAGAGCAGGUCAACGGCAAAGACUGCACACGUGGAGAUCAGAUCAAAACCUGUGAAAGCCAGGAAUAUUUUUUCCAGGACGUCGGAGACGACGCCCCGAACCCAGUGGACCACUUUAUGUCACCAGAUCAGGAUCACAGGGAGUUUAGUCUGAGGAGAUGAUGAUGACAAACUAGUGGUCACUCAGAGAGUGUACACUUCCGCUACCGCUGAUAUUUCCUUCUCUCCCUUCAUGCUCAUCACACACUGUUAAAAAAAGAAAUAAAUAUGUUUUAAUGUAAAAACUGGCAGCUGUUGUCAGAAUUUCCCUGUUUAAAAUACUCUGCAAAUGUGAAGAAUCUGACAGUCCAAAUUUUGUAUUACAGUCAUAUAUAUAUAUAUAUAUAUAUUUAUAUAUAUAUGAAGCAGGUUUUUUAUCUGUUGUGCUAAUUAUUGUGUUCAGUUAUAAUGUUUUUAUUAUACUUUACUCUGUGAAGCACUUUGUCUCAAGUUAAAGUGCAAUACAAAAAAAUUGUUGAUGUUUUUAACAUUUGCAUGGCCAUGUUGUUGGCAGAUAUUUUUGUUUAACUGAAGAAAUAUUUUACCAAUUUUUGAAUGCAUUUCUUAUUUUCUGUAUACUGUACGGUAAUAUAUAUUUAAAAUGAUUUACUAUCAUAGAUUCUGCAUUUUGCUGAUCAUUAUCAGAGAUCAUUAUCAUAUUUUCAGAAAUAUUUUACUGUAGCAAUGAAAUGUUAUUGAACACUAUUAAAG